AUGGCUUUACCUAAUGGUUUUUUUAACCACUUAACCUAUUUUCUGGCUGCUGGUGCUGUUACUCUGGGAAUUGGUUUCUUUGCUUUGGCAUCAGCUUUGUGGUUCCUAAUUUGCAAACGAAGAGAAAUAUUUCAAAACUCCAAAUUUCAAGCAAAGGAUGUGCGAUGUAGGCACAGGCCAUUAAUGGCGAAGGGUAAAUCUCAUCCUCAGUGUGUUUUUAUUUCUCGAAAUUUUCAUACUGAAAAAUUCCAAUUACAGGGGGAGCAAAGAAGAAAGGAAACAACGCAAACAAAAGCAAUUGAAGAUCACUCUAAAGAUGAGUUCUGCCUUGCAACAAAAAAGGUUAUUUGUGAUCCCUCAGAGACUAGUGUGGCAACAAACUGCAGCAGUGCUACCUUAAGCAUAUCAACAAUACCAUCAGAUUCUUGUUAUAGUCAAAGUAUAGAAGCUGCUGAUGACUGGUUUACUGACGAUUCUCCAUCAAAAAAGAGCUCACCAAUGCCUCUUCUCAGGGAACCUCUAAUAGAAAAAGUAUUUUCAUACCUAUCAACCAUUUCAUUAGAUGAAUGUACUGAAAAUGUACUGCGUAAGACACUUUAUGAUGAUCAAAAAGAUGAUAACAUUAAGGAAAUAUUUACGCGAAGAAAUACAGAGGUUGAAAUACAAAACCUUCAACAUAAUAUUGAAUGA